AUGUUUCGUGCAACACUUUUCGUCGCAGUCAUCACUGUCUUGGUUCAAUUUGCGCUGAUACAGCACACCGCUGCUCAAUUCAAGCCCACGUUGCUUUAUCGUGAGUGAAGACGCGCAGUGUUUCCUUUAUCGGCAAGCUGCUUACGCUUUGCUCUCUUUGGCGUCGUAGAAGUGGUUGAGACGCCAGUCAACAUGCCGCUAGCGGACCAGCGGCUUCAUUUCGAUCAGGCUUGCCGCAACUCGUCUGGCGUGUCUUUGGACUACUACCAGCUAAAGACUGGCAAGACAUAUGCUUGGUGCCAGAAUCGGUGAGUGCAAAGCCGCGUUCAAAUUUCCGAUAAGCGCGAGCUCACUACUCGACAUUCGUGAUUCCUCCUUGCGCCCCUCAGCGACGCGAUAGACUUGAUGAAACAAGUGUCCAAGAAGCUGACCACAUGGAAGCCGUGGUGGUUCGUCAAGACGUAG